CAGCCAGCACACGGGUCAUAAACGCUGGCAAUUAUAUGCAGCGUCAUAGAACGAACAAUCAUCCAUGCGUCAACUUGGUGCCACUGUACUCUCUAAAUGCAGAAUAAUCUCUCAUUCUAACGAGUGUGAAAACCCGGAACGUUCGUAACUAAUAGUUGUACACACUAAGUCUAGGCCUACUGCAUUUUCCUUUCCUGACGACUCAAUAAUUAUGGCGGCCAACACCAUACUUUUGAGUUUCAUUGACAAACCCGUGUUUCGGUUGUAUGCGACUUAUGCGGCCGUCGUCACCCUAAAGAUGAUGUUUCUGUCGGCUUGGACUGUGAGGUACAGAUUAUCUCGAAAGGUAUUCAUGAACCUUGAGGACGCAGAGGGUAAGAAGGAGAGAGUCAGAGAGGACGAAGAUAUUGAACGAAUUCGAAGAUGCCACCGUAACGACUUGGAGAACAUCGUUCCGUUUCUGGUCCUGGGCCUGCUGUACGUUCUGACCGGGCCCAGCGUGUACGCAGCCGCCUGGCACUUCCGCGCGUUCGUGGCGUCUCGCUUCGCCCACACCUUGGUCUACCUGAUGCACGUGCCUCAGCCGACUCGAUUCCUCGCCUGCCUGGUAGGGUACGGCGUCAACGUGUCGUUUGCGGUGCAGGUGAUCAUGAAUGGCCAACUGUAGGUUUUGGGAUUCGACAAAACACGAGGCGAAUCCAACAAUAGGAGGUCGGCUUGGGGAUUAG